AUGGAUCCCUCUCCAGCAGAGUAUCUCUCCCCGGCAAUCGUAUCUACCUCUCUCGGAGCUCCCGAUAUGUAUAGCAUAAGAGAAAAACUCGAACAGGCUGCCGAAAACUAUUUCGCGGGCGUCGAAAUAUCCUUCGAUGAGGUUGAUUACCCCUCCGAAAAAGAUUUAUUCGCUGCGGCAGAGCGCAUUGCGAGCCUAUGCCGAUCCCUUGGCCUUGAAAUCGUAGCCUUUGGGCCGUUUCAACGCUACGAAGGAUUACGGGAUCGAGUGCGGCACAAUGCCAUGAUAGAUAUACUCCAAACCCAGUUUUCGAUUGCGAUGGCGCUUGGCGCCCGCAUGAUUAUAAUCACAGCUAACCAUCUCCCACAACACGAGCUGUCGGAAGAAUUUAUUCUCGAAGACCUCAAACUGAUUUCACAAUGGGGAGUGGAUAUGGGUAUCAGCAUUGCGUACUCUUUUACGUGCUACAGUACCAUUAUCAACAGAUGGUGGAAAGCGUGGGAAGUUGUCAAGUUGAUCGACAGCCCCAACUUCGGUCUUUGUCUGGAUACCUUCCAAAUAGCUGGUGGUUUAGGUGACGAUACGUCAGCCUUGUCUUACAACGGAACGGAAGAGAGCAUUAGGCGCACGAAUAGCCUCAAUCGUAUGAUUGAAGUAGUACCGCCAAACAGGAUAUUCCAUCUCCAAGUUUCCAGUGCCGUCCCCUUCGUCGAUGCGUCAAGCCCGAGUCAUCCUUGGUACACGCCUCGUGAGACUCCCCUCAUGAGCUGGUCACGACACGGCAAAGGUUUCCUGUUCGAGAAUCCCUUAGGCGGUGAUUAUUCGAUGGAGGACUUGGCAAAAUAUAUCGUUCUUGGCUCGAGGUACAAAGGUUAUAUUUCGAUGGAAGCAUCCAUCCCGGCUUACGAGAAGGGACUAGACGUACCAAAUUAUUAUGCCUCUCGUGCAAGGGCGGCUUGGGCGAGGUUUCUGGGCAUGCUCGAGUUAACUGAAAAGCCAAACACAUAGUUGCCGUAUCUUAACCAUGUAUGCGACGAGCAUGUUUAUAGCGAUAACCUCUAACAACC